AUGUCCUUUCCACCUCCUCCAGGUCUCAAUAAGGCGCCUUCAUCUCUGCCUCCUCGACCCCCGCCAUCUGCCAAUGCUGCCCAACCAGCCGCCCCGGGCUAUGCCAGCAAUGCGCGUCCUGCAUUUACAGGCUUCCAGCCACGCUCCGUAGCCUCCAGCCAGCCAUAUCGCAACCACAGUCCCGCAAUCUCCAAGCCACCCGUCUCAUCUGCGGCGUAUGCUGCGCCCGCGGCGACUUACUCCAAUUAUUAUCAACAACCAGCGCAACAAACUUAUCAGAGCGGACCUUCCUAUUACGGGGCUCAGUACAAUGAAAACACAUACGGUCCGACCGUCCCACACAUCCAGAAUCCCUUUGGGUCAACACCUGGCCAGCCAUAUGGGGGUCGACAGUCCCGCGACGGCGUAGAUGCAGAGACGGAAGCCCAGAUCGCUCAGUGGCAAAGUGCUUAUGCCAACCCUGAGGACCCGGCUGUUGCCGCUAAAGCCCAAGCUCCUCAGUCCGGCCCUGGCGGAAACAGGGGCUCAGGAACGCCCACUACUGGACCAGCAGGCGCUGGUACUCCGAUCCCUCAGCCCGAAUCGCAAAAGACAGUGGCCCGAGCCGGUGGCGGACAACAGUGGACAGAUUCCUCCCUACUGGAAUGGGACCCAGCUCAUUUUCGACUAUUUGUCGGUAACCUAGCUGGUGAGGUGACCGACGACUCUCUAUUGAAAGCGUUCGCACGUUACACCUCAGUGCAGAAGGCACGCGUCAUUCGAGAGAAGCGUACCCAGAAGAGUAAGGGUUAUGGUUUCGUCAGCUUUAGCGACGGCGAUGAUUACUUUAAAGCUGCGCGUGAAAUGCAGGGAAAGUACAUUGGUUCUCAUCCUGUGCUCCUGCGCCGAGCCGUGACAGAGGUGAAGCCAGUUUCGAAUAACAAAAACAAGAAGGGUGGAGGUGGCGGCCGUGGUGGACACGCAGGCACCAAGGUCAAGCAAGAUGGCGUGAAAAAGCCUGGCAAGACCAAGGGUGGAUUGAAGAUUCUUGGCUAG